GGCAGCCGCAGAAACCGCUAGGUCCCAUCCAGAGCGCAGCAGCCGGACACUUCGCCGCCGGCAGCCGCGGACCCCCCCGUCCCACCCGACCAUGCCGCGGGCAGCGCAGGGCACCGGGCAGUCGCGGGAGGCAGCCGGGCGCCGGGGCGGCUCCGGGGGGGCGUGAGGGCGGAGAGCCCCUGGGAAGGAGCCGGGACCCUGCGCAUGGCUGCCCCCGGGACCUGGCUGUAGGGUGCCCGCACCCCUGUGCGCCCAGGGCCGGCCCUUCCUCCAGCGGAGCCCCGGCCGGGGCGGCGUCUCGUGGCUCGGGGGCGCCCGGCGAGGAUGGGCUGAUGGGCUCGGGGCCGCCCCGCGGGAUGCGCUGCGCGGCCGGGCUGCUCUGCCUGGCCGCCUGGCUGUGCGCGGGGGGCGCCCGCAGCUGCCCCGCGCAGACCCCGCGCUGCAAGUGCGUGGGGGAGCGGCCCAAGGGGCCGGGCCUGCCCGGCGCGGCCCGCAGGAAGGUGAUCUGCAGCGACCAGGAGCUGCUGGAGCCGCCCGACCCGCGCCUGCUGCCCAACGCCACGGUCAGCCUGCUUUUGAGUAACAACAAGAUAACGGCGCUGAAGAAUGGCUCUUUCUUCGGACUGCGUGCUCUCGAGAAGCUGGACCUCAAGAACAACUUGAUCAGCACGAUCCAGCCCGGCGCAUUCCUGGGCCUCUCGGAGCUGAAGCGCCUAGACCUCUCCAACAACCGCAUCGGCUGCCUCAGCGCCAGCGUCUUCCAGGGACUCGCCAACCUCCUCCGGCUGAACAUGUCAGGGAAUAUUUUCUCCAGCCUCCAGCCUGGCGUCUUUGACGAGCUGCCUUCUCUGAAAGUCGUUGACUUUGCCACCGAGUACCUGACGUGCGACUGCAGCCUGCGCUGGACGCUGCCCUGGUCCAGGAACUGCUCGGCUCAGAUCUCCGACAAGACGCUGUGCAUAUACCCCAGCCCCCUGCAUGCCAAGCCGCUGAGGAGCAUCCAGGAGAGCCAGCUGCAGUGUGUGGGCACUCCGGAGCUGCACACCCACCACCUGAUCCCUUCGCUGCGCCAGGUGGUGUUCCAGGGCGACCGCUUGCCCUUCCAGUGCACGGCCACCUAUCUGGACAGCAGCACCCGCAUCCGGUGGUACCACAACCGGGUGCUGGUGGAGGGGGACGAGCAGACUGGCAUCAUCCUGGAGGAGAGCCUCAUCCACGACUGCACCUUCAUCACCAGUGAGCUCAUCCUCUCCAACAUCCACGUCUCUGCCAACGGCGAGUGGGAAUGCGCCGUCUCCACCUCCCAGGGCAACGUCAGCAAGAAGGUGGAGAUUGUGGUGCUGGAGACAUCGGCCUCAUACUGCCCAGCCGAGAGGGUCACCAACAACCGUGGGGACUUCAGGUGGCCCCGCACCUUGGCCGGCAUCACUGCCUACCAGUCCUGCCUGCAGUACCCCUUCACCUCGCUGGCCAUGAACGGCGGCCCCGUGGCGGAGAAGCAGGCGUCGCGGGGCUGCGACCGCAUGGGGCGCUGGGAGGAGGGCGACUACUCGCACUGCCUGUACACCAACGACAUCACCCGCGUGCUCUACACCUUUGUGCUGAUGCCCAUCAAUGCCUCCAAUGCCCUGACGCUGGCGCACCAGCUGCGCGUGUACACAGCUGAGGCUGCCAACUUCUCCGACAUGAUGGACGUCAUCUAUGUGGCCCAGAUGAUCGAGAAGUUCAUUGGCUACGUGGACCAGAUCAAGCAGCUCCCGGACGUCAUGGUGGAGAUGGCAAGUAACAUGAUGCUGGUGGACGACCACAUCCUGUGGAUGGCUCAGAUCGAGGACAAGGCCUGCACCAGCAUCGUCCGCUCCCUGGAGAAGAUCGCGGGCUACGUGCUCAGCAGCAACUCGCAGCAUGUGGCCGUGAACUCAAGGAACAUCGCCUUCGAGGCCUACUUGAUUAAGCCAGAGAGCUACACGGGGCUGAGCUGCACGGCCUUCCAGAAGCAAGACGGCGGGCGCCCGUCGCUGCCGGAGCAGGAGGCUGAGCCCCUGGCUGACCAGCAGCUGAAGUUCAGGUGCACCACGGGCCGGCCCAACAUCUCACUGGCCAACUUCCACAUCAAGAACAGCAUCGCUCUGGCCUCCAUCCAGCUGCCCCCCAGCCUGUUCUCCGCCUCGGCCCCGCUCUCCCUGCCCCAGGCCUGCAAGGUCCAGUUCCUGGUGUUCCGGAACGGCAAGCUCUUCCGCAGCACCGGCAACUCCUCCCGCCUGGCCAACAACGGCAAGCACCGCAGCGUGGCCACCCCCGUGAUCUACGCCGGGACACAUGGCUGUGGGGUCAGUAACCUCACCGAGCCCAUCACUGUCUCGCUGCGCCACUUCAGGGAAGGGGCUGACCCCGUGCCUGCCCACUGGAACUUCGAGAUGCUGGGGGGCUCCGGGGGCUGGAGCGCCGAGGGCUGUCAGCUGGCCCACCAAGAGCCCAACAUCACCACCCUGCUCGGCCGGCACCUGAACAACUUCGCAGUGCUCAUGGAACUCAGCAAUUUCCCCAGUGAGGCACCAGGCCCAGCUGAGGUUCUGCAUCCUGUUCUUUACACCUGCACUGCCCUCCUGCUGCUGUGCUUGUUCACCACCAUCAUCACUUACAUCAUCAACCACAGCACCAUUCAUAUCUCCCGGAAGUGCUGGCACAUACUGCUUAACCUCUGUUUCUACAUCGCCAUGACGUCGGCUGUGUUUGCAGGAGGCAUCACUCUGACCAACUACAUGAUUGUCUGCCAAGCAGUUGGCAUCAUUUUGCACUACUCCUCCUUAUCCACUCUUCUGUGGAUGGCAGUGAAGGCCAGAGUCAUCUACAAGGAGGUGACGUGGAAGGCACCGCAGCAGCCGGAAGGGGACGUGCCCCAGCCAGCCCCUCGGCCCAUGCUACGAUUCUACCUGAUUGCUGGCGGGAUCCCCCUCAUCAUCUGUGGAAUCACAGCGGCUGUCAAUACCCACAAUUACCAGGAUAACAACCCCUACUGCUGGCUGGUGUGGAGACCAAGCCUUGGGGCUUUCUACGUUCCUGUGGCUUUCAUUUUGCUCAUCACUUGGAUUUACUUCCUGUGCACUGGGGUUAACCUCUGGUGCCAGUCAAAGAACCAAAAAGACCCUCCAGUGCCCCUCGAGACCCCCCCAAGGUUGGGUGGCAGCAGCAACCUCUUGACAGACUCAGGCUCCAUUUCCGUCACCCUUCACUCUGGGACGCACAGUGCUGAUGUGGACGGCGUCUACUCAUUGAAGGUGCAGUUCUGGGUACUGCUGAUCACCCAUUUCCUGUACGUUGCGCUGUGGACGUUUGGGGCCAUGGCCGUGUCCCAGCGCUGGUACCUGAAUGUCCUCUUCAGCUGCCUCUAUGGGUUAACAGCUGUAGCACUGGGGCUCUUUAUCUUCAUCCACCACUGUGCCCGGCGUCAAGACGUGCAGAACUCCUGGUUUGCCUGCUGCCCAUCGUACAGGAAUGCGCUGCCCAUGCAAGCGUAUGUCCACCCAGGCAUGGCUGCAGAGGAGGGCUCGCAGAUCUUCAUCGGCUGCAACCCCGAGGUGGCUCAUUCCAUCAAGUCCUCUUCCUCACCCAGCAGCACCAACUCCACCGUGGGCCACUGCAAGCUCACCAACCUGCAGGUGGCUCAGAACCAGGCAGAGAGCUGCCCCCCACCACGGCCAGCCUGCUACGAAGAGAUGGAGACGGCCAACAAUAAGAACGCCAGCGCGGCCAGGUAUGCUAACAACGUACAUGGGCGCAGGAACCACAAGAGCAGAACUAAGCAGUACCGGGAGGGGAAGCACCACCGCAUGAAGGUGCUGCGGGGGCCUUCUUCAGAUCACCCCUCCAGCGAGAGUGGGAGCCUCCACAACAGCCACUCCGAGAGCUACCACAGCAGCCGAAACAGCCCCCUGAACAACAGCUGCAUCGGAGCCAGGGUAGCAGCAGUGCAGGAGGGGGAUGCUGCUCUGACCCAGUCUGAAGGGAGCGAUGGUGGUAGCAGCAACCAUCGGGUUCCUGACUUCAGCAGAGCUCAGAGGAGAAGCGCUAGCAGGGAUAACCUCAAACAGGCCCACACCAUUGAGAAAGAGACUAAGCGGCGAUCCUACCCGCUUAACAUGGCCAACCAGAACGGGGGGCUGAAAGGCAGUAAGUACGAUAUAAACCUCACCAGUGCAGAGAGCAUGGCUGGCAUGAAGACUGGCCUCUGGAAGAGUGAAACGACCGUCUAGAGGGCUGAAGGGCCCGGGCAGCUACAGUAUCCUACUCCUCAGGCAACGGCACUGCUAACUGAAAGCAUCUUCUGGCAGGUCGAAUGUAACCUUCAAACCGAGUCAGGAGCCUGGGUGGUACUGUCCAGAAUGUUUUAAUUCCUCUGUCAAUCAGCCGGUAACAGUGGGUCUUGUUCCACCUGGAUGCUGGAAUGGAGAGAGAGUCAGAGCACAGCACAUCAACAAGCCUCCUCUAAUUCUCAGUGGGCAGAGGACACAGGAGUACUAAGAUCUUAAGGUGAAAGACAAUCACUGCAGUUCAGGCUGCUGAGGAGCAAUCUUAUUUUAAUCACUUCUGCAUGUCACAUGAGACUGAUUCUAAAUGCUAUUUUAUAAAUAUACAGAAGGAAAAUGUUUAUUUUUCAAAUCUAUAUUAUUGUAUGUAUAUAUGUAUAGACUGACUGGUAGCUGAUGGAAGUGCCUCAGUGUUCUAUGAGCAGUGAGUCUCCCCUUAGGAGUUUUGGCAAGAACUUACUUUUGCCAUCCAGUGUUGGUUAGGAGACCAGAACUAGUUCCUUCAUGCAAAGACACUGCAGUCGAGAUGUCUGUUUCAUCCUUACCAAAACACAUUUUCAGAAAGAGAGACUGAAAUGACAAGUAUUUGAUCUGACUGUUCUUAAAUGUAUAUUUAGCCCUAUGGGUUACUGAGCUACCAAAGUGAAAGCCAUAGUUAAAAAUGAACAAGAGGUAAGAUAAGAAAAAGCUCCAAGCAAAGUAAAUUGUCUGCGUAUGACAGACACUAAAAUCACUGCAGGAAAACUGCUCUUGAGCUGGGUUAAAGACCCAUGCGAGGCAAAAGGGCUUCCAUCAAUGAAACAGCAGGGGCAUUAUUUUUUAUGUAUGUUACACUCACUGUGAAAGCUUUUCAUGCCUUGUGUGGCGGGAGUGCUAGCCACUCAAAAGGGAACCAAGGAGUUGGGCAGAGGUACAGAUAUCGAUACUUGCCCUUAAAUCCCAUUUAGCAUGUUCAAAAAUGUUUAGUUUUGCUCUUGCAGCAAAACAUUUAAAUUAAUGUAAAUAGAUAAUUCAGAGUCUGCCCAGUCUAGAGCUUGUUCUAUUAUUAAGUGAAAAGAACCUUGUUAACUAGUAGGGCAAUUGUUCAAGCCACACAGAGAAAAACUGAAGGAGUUAAGUGUCUAUAUAACUUAGCCUUCCUACAAAAUUUUUAAAAGGGCUGGUACUUGUUUUUCCAAUACAAAAAGUCAAGUACCUUUUUUCUAGUGUAAAAUAGAAAGCAGCUUCUUACCAUAAAUACAGACAGGUCCCAGAGCCUGGUGU